AUGUCUUCCACUCCGGACGUAUUCGGGACCAUGGUCGUAUCCGAAGCGAGGCCCACCUCGAAGUCAUGGAUCACCCUAUUCGCUGGGAGGAGACCACAAAAAUCCGGUGCAGUCAGUAAAGGCGCCGUCCAGACAAUCAAGACAGUAUCAGAGCCGGAUAUAUCGCCGAAGGAUAUCAAGAACAAUAACAAUAACAACGACACCGGCAGCGGCAGCGGUAGCGAUAUGGCAAGACGUCCACUUCAACAACAUGCGACCAGGCCCCUCAGACAACGGACGUACAACAGAUUCCGACUCACGCUGGACUCAUUCUCCGCCGUCUACGGCUCAGACGGGCCCCGACUAUACUGGGAGCAUACCAUAAAGGACACCAAACGAGCCAUCGUUGCGGCCAAAACAGAUAGGACCGGGGUGAACGCCAACAAACAAUACGCCACCUCCACCGCCGCCUUGGAGAAGGCUCUAGAGCGCAAUCAGGAGGCAUACGAAUUUGAGAAGAAAUGUACCAUGCUGGUACUACGAGAACCGCCUGCAAGGGGCUUGGAAAUGGUCCACGUCGCCGCACCACCAGAUAGAGGUGUCUCCGGGUACCGAGUGAUAUGGGCAAAAAGGAUGGAACAUACGAGGGCAUGCGUCAAGGACAAGGUAGAUGAGAUGCCAAUACCCAACCCUAAAAACAUGAGACUUGUGAACAUCAACGGGAAGAAGGUCAUGAUGAAGAAGUAUCCUUUUGACGCGGAGUACGUUUGGCGAAAGGAUGAGCAGGGACAGAAGAGGGUCAGAAAGCAGAUCGACAACAAGUGCAAUGAACCGACUUGUUGGUCCAAAGACAAGACGUGUCUGGCUUGCAAAGCUCGCAGACCGAGCCGUCUAUCAUCGUUGUCGGUGACAGCGGAAGACGUCGAGUAUCCUGUCUUCACUCAAGAAAUUGCGCGGUGGACGACCGCAGACCUCGGUCAAUCCACGGUUUAUGAUGCGCUGUCAGCACACAUUGCGGCCUUGACGAGGCAAUACAACUGGGAGGGCGAGGUCUGGCAUGAGGCAAUCUCGGUCAUCGACCAGCUUCGAUCGAGACCGGACCUCACCGUGCCGUGUGGGAACGGGUAUCAAGUGUCAGGGCAAGAGAUCCCGGAUGCUGAGAGGGUGAAGAAAAUGGCCACCAAGAGAUUGGUCACAGGGCUCACGGCUAAACUGAGGAGGAUGGCGAGGGUCUACGAUGAGGCGGUGAAGGAAUUCGGGGAUGCUGAAGGAACAGACAGGCCGAACAUAUGCGCCGGGAGAAAUGAGGUUAAGGGUCUUGAGAGACUGGUUGAGAUAUUGUUAGCUGGACAGACGCGAGACCUGGGGGUGAUAAUCUGA